AUGGCAGAGAAAUCUGCGAAUUAUGCCGCUGCCAAUGGUUUUGAAAGCAAAACACCAUUUUUAAUCGGAGUCGCAGGCGGCACUGCCAGCGGAAAGUCCACAGUAUGUCAACGCAUCAUGGAGAAACUUGGACAACAGCACAAAGAACAGACCGAACGCCGAGUGGUCUGCGUCAGCCAAGACUCGUUCUACCGCACACUAACGCCCUCCGAAAGACUCCGGGCUGAACGGGGGCAGUUCAAUUUCGACCACCCUGAUGCUUUUGAUGACAAGAAGCUGUUAGCUAUCCUCAAGGAUAUAUUGGCUGGGAAAAAGGUUGAGGUUCCAGAAUAUGACUACAUCACUAAUUCCAUAAGCCCCUUCCGCUCACACACCAUCUACCCUGCGGACGUCGUGCUGAUCGAAGGCAUUCUCGUGUUCUACUUCCCAGAGAUCCGCGAAUUGUUCCACAUGAAGCUUUUCGUCGACACUGACUCCGACACCAGAUUGGCUAGGCGAGUGCCCCGCGAUAUAAUGGAGCGCGGCAGAGACUUGGAACAAGUACUCAAUCAGUACAUGAACUUUGUCAAGCCAGCGUUCGAAGAGUUCUGCCUACCGACCAAAAAGUUUGCUGACGUCAUCAUUCCCAGAGGCGCCGACAACUUAGUGGCUAUUGACUUAAUCGUGCAUCAUAUAUGGGAUAUCAUGUAUAAGAAAAGAGCUACGCUGCUGAAGGUAACUAACGGUGUGAAUGGACAUCAUGAGAUUGAGGAAACCAAUGGGAGAAGAAUGUCUGGAAGCUCUGAAGACACAUUAAGCCGAUAG